UAUUCUGCAGCUGCAGCGCAAAGGCCAGUAGUAAUAUUGUACAUAUAUAAUAACAGUUUAUUCUAUUGUAAUUAGUAUCAGUACUAUGUAACGUGACACUCAGAGUGACGUAGAUGACUUGUGGAUAUGACUCCGGAGAGUCCGGAGUCCAACUUGUCAGAGCUUAAUUAAGAGUGCUGUAAGAAGAGUUAUAUAUUGUUAUAUCUAAUCUUUCAAAUAAAUUAACCAAAUUCGGCAGUUAUUUAUUUGUGAAUAUGUAUUAAUAUUGAAUAAUUAUUUAUAGUAAAAUAUAGUUAUUGAGUUUUAAUGUUUUAAAACACUAAAUUUUUACCAAUUGAGUGUUAAAAUGUAUUUAUAACCUAAAAAUAUAAACAAUAACCUAACAAUACGAAUAUUUAGAAUAGUUUUAUUAGUACACUAUUUUAAAUAAUUUACAUAAUGGGUAUACCGGGAUUGAUGACAUAUAUCAAUCAGCAUUCAGAUGUAUAUCUUAAAAAUUACAACUUACAUGAUACAUGUCUAGUUAUCGAUGGUAACAGUUUGGCUUCACAAUUGUAUACCUAUGAAGCUAAAUGUAAUUGCUGCUUUGGGGGAGAUUAUGACAAAUAUGCUUACAGUGUAUCUAAUUUUUUUAAUGACUUACUCAAAUGUAAUAUAACUCCAUUGAUAUUAAUCGAUGGAGGGUCUGAAGAUAAGAAAUUAAAUACACUUUAUAAAAGAACUAAGGAAAGAAUUAAUACAGCAUACAACUUGAUACCUUACAAACAAUCUAGAACUCAAUUGUUUCCAUUAUUUUUAAAAGAAGUAUUCAAAGAUGUUGUUCAUGAAAAGGGUAUCAAAUGUGCACAAUCUUUAUUUGAAGCUGAUGAUGACAUCGCAUCUGUAGCAAAGAUAUUAAACUGUCCUGUGUUGAGUUUUGACUCUGACUUUUAUAUAUUUGAUGUAAUCUAUAUUCCAUAUAAUACUUUAAAUUAUGGUAUAACAAAGAAACCUUGUGGCAAUGGAUACAUGAAGACAUGCAAAGUUUAUAAAAUUGAUUAUUUUUUGCAAAGAUUUCCUGGUAUGGAUAAGUCAUUAAUGCCUUUGGCUGCUACAUUAUUAGGCAAUGAUUAUAUCAAUAAAAGUACUUUCAAAAACUUUUUUUUCACACUCAAAUUAACAAAAGCUUCAAAGAGAAGAUAUAAUGAACUGCAAAGAAGAAUAGAAGCUGUUUUCAGAUGGCUUCAAAAUCAAACACUAGAUAGUGGAAUUGCGAAGGUACUAAGUAAAUUAGAUUCAAACAAAAGAGAAAAAGUUUUAGAAGUCAUGGAAAUGAUAAUAAAUGGGUAUUUGAUUGCAUCUGCAAAAAUGAUGAUCCCGUUGGGAUUUUCUAUGGAAUCUAUAAAUAGUUUUAUACAAAAAUUUCCAAAUAAUCCAUAUAAAUUUCAACAUGAUAUUAAUAAUCUUAAUGUCCCAGACAGUCCAAAAAAUGAAGAUGAAUCAGAUCUAAGUUGCAAUGAAGAUAGUAAUUCACUAUCUGAUGAGUUAGAGAUUGUAACACCAAAAAAUGAAAGUAACUUUAUUAAAAAAGUUCCUGAAUGGUUUAUAGAAGAUUUCCAUGCUGCCAAAUUUCCAUCAUAUUUCAUUGAUAUGUUAACCCGACAAAUAUAUUCAUGUCCCGUUCAAGUGGAAGAUUUUUCACGUCCUACUACUAUAAACAUUAGUUUGAAAAUUAUUCGUGUAAUUUUCAAAUUAUUAAAUACUGGUACAACUAAUAUUGAUACCCUAGAAUAUAUCGCUAGAGGAAAAUUGACCAGUAUAAUUACAUGCAAGUUAAAAUGUGAUGAUCAUAUUUUGAAUUGUAAAUUUCCAUCGUUGUUUAAUUUGCAUGAUCUUCCUCACUUAAUAAGGAAAGAGAUCAUGGAUGAAACACUACAAAUUUCAAAUGAACUUAUAAAUUGUUACCCACCUUCUUGGAGAUUGUACAUAGGAACUAUUAAAUACUGGAUAGAUGAAGCAGAUGAACCUUUCAGAACAAAUUGCCAUUUAUAUGCUUUACUAUUUAUUAUGCUCUAUCAUGUUAUUGAUGAGCAAAUUGGAUUUCAUCGAUCUCAAAGUUAUUUUCACAAACAUUAUAAUCAAAAAAUUCAAAUGUUACAACUAAGUCGUAAUAUAGCAAUGGUGCAUCCAGAUCAAAAUAUGUCAAUCGAGGAAGCUCUUCAUAGAGUUAAUGUGGAUGACUGUCUUUUGGCUUGUCCAUUCUUUUUAACCAAUUUUGUAAUGGAUCAAGCGCUAAUGCGAAAUCCUAAAAAAUAUAACGUAUCAACAGUUCAUGCAUUUUCUCUAUUUCAAAAUUGUCUGAGACAUAGUAUACACUUAAAUGCAUUAUUAGGUUACCCAUAUCAGCCGCCAUGCAUCGCUAAGUUUUUUAAUGGUACAUUAUUAUAUAAUGUGUACAAUAAUUUUAAAAGCCGUCAUGAUAUUAACUAUUAUAUCAGUAUCGUUUUACGAAAUUCACCGUCUCUACUACAACUGUUCAUUUCAAUAGUAGCACCUUUUAAAACCUUACUUUGUAAGACUUUGGAAAAUAAAACCAACAACAGAAAGAGAAAAAAAAAUAAGAAUAGACAAACACACAAUCCUAAUUCUUUGAAAGAUGAGUUAGAUGAUGAUGACGGUAACGACGACAGUGUUGUUCAAGAAAGUGUAUCUUAUAAUGAUGUAAAUAAUCGAUAUUCUGUACUCAGUGAACCUCAUAUGUAAUUGUAAAUAAAAUUGUAGAACUACCGAAACACAUA